AUGGGACCGAAAAAGGCUAGAAUUUCAUCUGAGGAAGCCAUUCAAAAUAUAUUGAGAUUUAUUGAAGAAGAUAACGUAGACGAAGCUAUGGAUGAAGAACUUGAUGAUGAAGAUGAUUUGGAAGAAUUGUGCGGUGAAAUUGAUAAAGAAAUAGUUGAAGAAGAGGAUCAUCAACAUGAUAACGAUGACCGUGUAGGUGAUGCUGACAAUGAUGCGUCCGAAAGUGAAGAGGAAGCCGGAGCAAACCAUUUGAGGAGACGUCGACUUACGAAAUAUCGCUUAGUAAACAGUAUUGCUGCCGCUACAAAUUUAGAAAAUUAUAACGUUUUUCCAAUACCACCAGAAUCAAAGUCUAUCCAAAGCAUUUUCAAAAUAGAUAAUAAGAAGAAAAAUGACAUAAUUCGUACUUUCCAGAAUCAGCCACAAGCUGGAAAUGUUGGUCGAAAUAAUCGUGCAAAUGUUAUUACUGGACGACAAGGCCCACAACCAAAAGCUUGUGAAACUGCAUCACCCCGUUCUGCUUUUGAGCUCUACUUCACUCCUGAAAUUGUGAAUAACAUUUUGUUGUGCACCAACAGAAAGAUUAGACGCACUCUGUCCAAACUACCCGAUAAUUUCUUGACGCAAAAUAGUAGGUAUUCGUACAUGAAAGAAACCUCUGUUGAAGAAAUUUAUGCAUUUAUUGGAUUGUACCUAUAUCGAGGACUAUACAAACUAAACUGUAUAUCUGCUCAUAGAUUAUUCUCAAACCAAUAUGGUCCGCCAAUAUUCAGCGCCACUAUGUCGAGAAAUAGGUUUUUUUUUAUACGUACAAACCUUUGUUUUGACGACGAGACAACAAGAGAUGAAAGAUGGAAACAUGACCGUUUUGCGGCAAUGCGUGAAGUUUUUGAAUCUUUCAAUUAUGAAUGCAUGUCAUGCCUUGUACCGGGCGACUAUCUAUCACUUGAUGAAACCCUGUAUCCAAUGAGGACACAGAUAAGUUUCAAACAGUACAAUCCCAACAAACCCGCCAAAUACGGUUUAUUACUGAAAGCCAUAAAUGCAGCACGAUAUCCGUAUACAUUCCUUGCAGCUCCAUAUAGCGGCAAACCACAGGGAGAUCCAGGAAUUUAUUAUGUACCAGGCACUGAGGAAAUAGUAAAAUACAUGAUAAAACAACUAUCAAAUGUUGUCUCGCUGGCCGGACGUAAUAUAUCUUUCGACAGAUUAUAUACAUCAAUCCCGCUUGCGCUUUGGUUGUAUGAAAGGGAUAUCACUUGUGUUGGUACAAUGCAGAUCAACAGGAAAGGAAUUCCAAUUGAAAUGAAAGAUUUCAAACAAAGAGAGCCACUGUCCAGUGAAGUGUAUUGGCAAAAAGAUGGGCCGCUGUCCUUAUCUUCAUAUGUAGUGAAAACUUCAAACGGAAAGAAAAAUGUACUCAUGUUGUCAACACUAGAACCAAUCCUAGGUACAACCAAGGAUGAUAAUUGCCACAAAUUGGGGUUAUAUAAACUAUAUGACUUUACAAAGGGGGGUACUGAUAUUGUGGAUCAGAGGAUGGGGUUUCACACGACGAAGACAAAGUCAAGAAAGUGGACGUUUGUUAUGUUUUCUUACAUGUUGGAUACCGCUCGAGUAAAUUCUUCGACGAUAUAUUCACUGAAUAAAGGUAUUGAUCCGCUACAACAAAAGUCUUUUGAAUACGCCUUUCAAUUAGUCAUGGAAUUGGUGAAACCAACCAUACAAAAAAGAAGUCAAAAUGGUAUGUUGUCCAUCACAAAACAAAAAAUAAAUCUUGUCUUGGGUAAUGCGCAAUGUAAUCCGGAACCGCGUGCAGCUAUUGGUCCUGCAUUUGCAGAAACAAGGAAACGGUGUACUGUUUGUCAGGCUGAGAAUGCAGGAGAAAAUUAUUCCCAAAAGAAAAAAUCUAUUCCGUGUGUCAAAUCACUUUGUCAAUCAUGUGGCAAUACAACGUGUCAGGCCCAUAUGAUACAAAAAUCCGCUCAUGUUGAUUGGGGCAGUGAGAAUCACUUCUAUGCAAUAGCAGGGCACUUCUAUGCAAUAGCAGGGCACUUCUGUGCAAUAGCAGGGCACUUCUAUGCAAUAGCAGGGCACUUCUGUGCAAUAGCAGGGCACUUCUGUGCAAUAGCAGGGCACUUCUAUGCAAUAGCAGGGCACUUCUGUGCAAUAGCAGGGCAUAAAUCACCGCUGAUGGGAGUGGAAUCCACAACGUUUGAAUUAGAAGUCCAACGCGCUAGUCCAUUGCGCCGCAGCGGCACCGCUACUAAUACAUGA